AUGCCGCAGUUUCAGUGCCAAAGUGGAUUCUGCUGUCAACUGGAUUUUUACCUACGUGGCCCUGAGAUAAACUCAAUGGUUCCCGCUUGGCCGCCGCAGCACGUUCCCACGCCUACGGCUGCCUCACGACCGUCGGACUGCAUUCUGCUUAUCGACACCCCAGCACUGCCAGCACCUGCCGUUCCUGCUCAUCUGCUGCACCCACACAUGACGCCUGCUCCACAGCCGCAGACUACGCAACUCUCCACGGACAUCUUACAACUGCUCAGGUAUAAUGCAGCCGCGUCUCCCGCGCCGCACACCAUCCUGGCUCCUGUUCGUCUUCCGCAUUUUUUCCCGACGGUUUUAACCGUCUCUGCUGCGUCGGUUUCAACCGCGCCCGCUACACUCCUGAACUCGUUGUUAACAGCUCCGGCAUGCCUACCGCCCACGCCCACGGCAGCACCGGCCACCCCACCCGCGCCGGUCCAUAACGUUUUAACGACUUCCGCACUGGGUUCUUUCACUUGGAAAACACUGGUCGCGUGCUCACCAGUCCGAACUGCACCUGUUUCCACGGUACUGGAGAGUCUUCCGCACCCACCCGUGCCCCCACCAGCCGGGGUCCCAGCAACUGUACCUGCCUACACUAUAGAUCCGAACUCACAUGUCAAGACUGAACUCUCUUCUUGCACUCCUGCUGCUUGUAAAUCGUGGAGUUUUGUCCCCAAUAACGAGAUUCGUACAGCUACUGUGUACCAGUCUCCUGGUGCCUACAAUCCCAAUUUAGCACCACUCUACACUGCUACACUGUCUGCACCUCCAAGUAGUGUAUUCGCUGCACCGACCGUUCCUCAGUACCUUGCGCCUAGCAGAUUCCCAAAACUGCCAGCCCUACAAACGGAGAACCAUAAGACAUGGUUUGCAUUAGUGGAUAAAAUGUUGGACAUUCACGGCGUGCUAGACGAUGGAGCCCGAUUUCAUUCGAAUCCGGCAUCCGCUGCCCCCACGAAUUAUGCAGUAACAGAAGCCAAGCCUGGCCGUGGCAGGACACGCGCCACGCUGUAA